AUGCCGUCGCAGCUCCAGCUCCCGUCUUCACAAGCCAAUUCCUCUGCCGAAUUCGCGGAGAAUUCAGCAGAUCGUGGCUCCGGAGACGAACCAGCACGGACUCUUAGACGACCACGAAACAUCUGGACACCGCAGCUACACCAACGCUUCCUCGACGCGUUCGAGCAUCACGGGAUCAACCAUGCAACUCCCAAAAGGAUUACGGAGUUCAUGAACGUCGACGGGUUAACAAGAGGGAGCGUCGCGAGCCAUUUGCAAAAAUACAGGUAUCAGCUCAAGAGAAUUGAACGUCGCGAACCAUUUGCAAGCUUUCUGGUGGGUAAAAUAAAGCCUAGCCCAAGCCCAAGCCCAAGCCCAAGCCCAUUACAAUCAAGGCUUUAA